GUCGUCGUCGUCCCCGUCCCCGCCGUCCAUAGCCCUUCUCGCUCGUCGCCCACAGCAGCUAGCUCACAGAUGGCAACAGUAUCCCCCACAACGGCUGCGCCACCAAAGACUUCAAGAGCCGGCGGUCUGUUCAAGCGAAAGAGCAAGAAGGGAAAACUGCCCCCGACUUCGUCCUCAACCUCAGACCCGAACACCAACGGCCAGUCCGACAACAAGCCAGAGCAGCCUCCCCUCCCCACGCCAGCAGCAACAGCAGCAGUAACGACCACCAAGGACAGCGCAGCCACCGUCCCACCACCGUCGUCGACGUCCGACUCCGCCGCCGUCCCUGCUGCUCCCGGGGUCGUCGACGCCGUCGGCCAAAGCUCUCAGCAGUCAGGGCAGGACCCUGUACAGUCCCCACAGGUCUCUUCUGCCCCAUCCACCGACGCUCCUGAGCCAGCCUCAGCAACGCCCGCGGCAGCCCCCCAGCCCACCGAGUCGGCACCCGCGCCCGUCACCGUACCUCUCGUCCCCUCCGAACAGGCACCGGCGGCAGACGAUGCAGAUAGCAGGGAAAAGGAAAAGGACAAAGGUUCCCUCUCCACCACACUCACUGGCACCCAAACUCACACACGCAACUCUCGCCGCAAAGGCGCCCAGUCUCCCUCAGAUGGCGCACACUCCUCCUCCACCGAGCCGCACCCAUCAGCCACCCGUGCCGCACCCACCAAGAAAUCCACCGCCUCAAACAGCCGUUCCCGUCCCUCGUUCUUCUCCAAACUCAUUCAUGUCCUCGUUCCCUGCGUUCCCUCCCGUCACCCAGACGCUAUGGAUCUCGAUCCCUCUCCUGCUGAACCCGACUCUUCCGCCGCGCUUAACGAAAAGCAGCCACAGGGCGACGAAACGAAACCCUCCCAGACGCAGGAGGUCUCUGCUUCAAAAGAUGCUGCUGCUAAUGAAUCCGCCCCUCAGCCGUCGUCCUCUGCUGCAACGCCUGUCGCCCUUCCUCCGCUCGACGUCUCAGCGCCCCCGGCUGCCGCCGAUAAGGACGUCAUCCUUCCACCUACCCCGCGCACACUUCCCGAGGCCGAGACUCACGGUAUCACCUCUGGCGCAGUGCAAGCACCAGGCUCCACCGGUGAGGAACCCGCUCGUGCGCAAACCCAACACGACUCGUCCGGAGAUGAGAGCGAAGGUACCAGUUUCACGGAGGACGAUGACGUCGAGGAGGGCCCUCUGAUGGAUGAAGUCGAGGACGACGAGGAGAGGCUGAUCCUCAACGGCGGUGCAGGUAUCCCCAUAGGACCGGACGGCGUGCCACGACCUCUCUUGCCGCCUCUUUUCCCCCAACACGCGGGGCGAAAAUGCUUGGUGCUCGAUCUCGACGAGACACUAGUCCACAGUAGCUUCAAAUCAAUACAACAAGCCGACUACGUGGUCCCAGUCGAGAUCGAGUAUAAUUGGCAUAAUGUGUACGUGAUCAAGCGCCCCGGUGUCGACAACUUCCUGAAGAAGAUGGGCGAGAUCUACGAGAUUGUCGUCUUUACGGCGAGUUUGAGCAAGUAUGCGGACCCGGUGCUGGACAAGUUGGACAUCCAUCGAGUGGUGACCCACAGGCUGUUCCGAGAGAGCUGCUACAACCACAGAGGCAACUAUGUCAAGGACCUAUCGCAGCUAGGACGGCCCAUAGCGGACACCAUCAUCCUGGACAACUCCCCCGCAUCGUAUAUCUUCCACCCAAACAACGCUGUCCCUGUCUCGUCGUGGUUUAAUGACCCUCAUGACACGGAGCUCACUGAUCUCUGUCCAUUCCUUACGGACCUGGCUACUGUGGAUGAUGUUCGGGGAGUCUUGGACGGGGGACUAUAAUCUCAUCAUUAUCUUCUGCCUGCCCUAAUUCUCUUCUUCCUCUCCCAUCCACAACUACCUUAACUCGAUCUCGGGGGUCGCAACUCACACAUCUCUCUUCCCCUCCCUCGCUUUCUCCCUCUCCUCUCUCUCUCUCCUCUCUUAUAUCCUGCCUCGGUUCAAUGGUACAUACAGUCAGUCAGCUCUAUACCCCUGCAAUCCAAGUCAGUCACGUCCAAAUCUUUCCGUUUUUCGUCUCGCCCUCGCCGGUCCCGACGCACUCUCCUCCUCUCGUCUCGCAGUUUUCACCCCUCGUACCCCUUUUCGCACGUUGUUUUGUCCUUCUGUCGAUCUAUUUUUGUCGCACCUAUCGACCGAGAACCUGGUAGCUCCAGACCAGAUUACCCAACCCACACACUCCUUUCUCUAUUCUUUUUACUUCCCUUCUUCUCCUUCUCCUUCUGCUCCCUCGUUAUCAGUCCACGCGCCCCCAGUCGUGUUUGUCCUCGUCCUCGUUUUUAUUAUUUUCUUUGUGUCCCGUCAUCGUCGCGUAUUUUGUGAUUUAUGAGCAUCGGUCUUUUUAUCCCCCGCUCUCGGUCGCCUCUCGCCC